AAUUACUCGUCUCAUUUUCAGUCGUACUGUUCCGAUAAAGCUCCAUCGACACCUCCUGCCGCUCAUUCGACGAUUACAGUCCGUUUCGAAAGAGGUCUCCCUCUGCUGGAUGUCGUCCUACCGUCACGCCAAGAGUUAUGCCAAUUUUCUUUGAGGCCGUUGACGGAUGACGUCGGAAGCUUCUGUGAUCAACUUCAUCGAGAAGAUCGCGGACUGGAUUAUGUUGCUGUAUAUACGAAUGACGGCAUACGUGUGGCCACAUCGACAUCUAUCGAACAUCUACUACAAUUUGAUGGAUUUCGGUUACGACUAAAUGACCGCUACUAUGACGUCGUAAUACCGGAACGAGCUUCCACGUACGAAGUAGAUAGUGAUAGGAUUCGUCAAAUUGACGACCUCAAGGCAACUGUUGCCUCGUUGCAUGCAGCUCUAUGUGUAGACGAAUAUAAAGUGAGCAGAGAAAGGCGUUUGAUUCAGCAGUUGGAAAAGGCGGAGACCGAGCUGCGGCCAUUACAUGAGAUGAAGCUCAAUAUAGAACGGGAAUGUGAUGCGCAUGCCGACCGUAUUAUGUGGGCCGGAUUCGCCGCUAUGGGUGUACAAACAGGUCUAUUUGCCCGAUUAACAUGGUGGGAAUAUUCAUGGGAUAUUAUGGAACCGGUCACGUACUUUGCUACUUACGCAACAGUAGUCGCCACUUUUGGCUAUUAUUUAUAUACACGACAGUCGUUUGAAUACCCCAAUGCUCGGGAGCGAUUGUUUACGAAACAGUUCUACAAGCGGGCCAUCAAACACGGAUUCGACAUAGAAAAGUAUAAUAAGUUGGUAACAGAGGUGGAAGAAGUUCGUCGGCAGUUGGCUCGAAUUCGCGAUCCUCUAUUCCAACAUUUACCUGUCAGCUAUCUCACCAGACUCGAAGAUGAUAUGACCGCCCAGGAGUCAGGCGGCCAAACUAAGAAUCCGGCAAAGGAUGGAUGA